AUGAACCUAAAAUCUACCCUUUUGUUUGCUCCCGUAGUGCUGGGCGGUUUUCUGGAAACUGCAGAGGCAGUUAUUGCUGUCCAGGACCAUGCCAUGUUCGAGGGCUCGUUUAUGGACGCCGUUUAUGGCCCGUUAGUGAACACUCCAGAGGUUUUGGAGACAAAACGCGAGAUGGUUCGUGAAGGCCAAUUAUCACUGCCUGUUGAGGAGGAUGAAAUUGAGCGUUGGGGAGCCCAUCAUUCCAGCUUCUACAAGGCAUCAUCCAAGGCCCUGACUGGACAGAGCGUGAAGUUUCCAGCAGACGAUGAUACCAGCGAUUUGAACCACAUGUCCCUGAUUGGAGGACUGGUUACAUACGGACAUUUUCCCGCUGUGGACUGUUUUAAUCCGGAAAACUACGAAUCCUUGAAGUUUGACAUUGCGUUUCUGGGGGCCCCAUUUGACACUGGAACAUCCUACAGACCAGGUGCAAGAUUUGGACCUAACGGACUCCGUCAGGCUUCUAGAAGAUCUGGUUCUGGUUUGACUCCAGUUAGAGGCUCCAGUAAGCGUUCCAAACUCCGCCGUACCGAUCCAUGGAGUUCUGGAUUACAGAUAGUUGAUUGUGGAGACGUCCCUAUGACCCCGUUCGACAACAGAGUCGCAUUGAAUCAGCUGUACCGUGGCCAAAGGGCUCUUCACUCACAUUCUGCUUCCAAUUCUACUCACCACACAAAGCCUAGAGUGGUAUCGCUUGGUGGCGAUCACACUAUUACUCUGAUGGCUUUGCGUUCAGCAUACGAGACGUACGGUCCGCUGAGUGUCGUUCACUUUGACUCGCACAUCGAUACGUGGGAUCCGAAAGUUUUAGGAGGGGCGGUAUCUCAUUAUGCUGGUGUUAAUCACGGAACAUUCCUCCAUUACGCUGCUGAGGCUGGUUACGUAAACAAAUCCUCAAGCAUGCACGCGGGAAUUAGAGCGCCUUACAUUGCAGAAACGGACCCUCAGCAUGACGAGGAUUGUGGUUUCACAAUGAUCACUGCUCGGGACAUGGACUAUCUUGGACCUCUUGGAAUUGCUGCUCGCAUUAAAGAACGUGUUGGAACCAACCCGGUCUAUAUAACGCUAGAUAUAGACGUGUUAGACCCGGCGUAUGCUCCAGGAACUGGAACUGCCGAGGUUGGUGGAUGGACUACUCGUGAAUUGGUAACGGUCCUGGAUGCUCUGGAGGGUAUUCACCUGGUGGGUGCUGAUGUGGUUGAGGUAUCACCUCCAUUCGAUACCAACACAGAGUUGACAUCGCUGGCUGCGGUUCAAAUGAUCGACUCAUUUCUGUCAUUGAUGGUUGUUUCGGAUUAA